UUAAUCAACUACUCAUAAUCUCCCUCUCUCUCUCUUUCCCUCAACCCUCUCCUCCUCUCAAGAUUUUUUCCCUAACCAUUAGAUUAACUUUUGUAGGGUUUUUUUUUUCGUUUUCUAAUUCAUGUACCCUCCUAAUUCCUCUAAGUCCUCCGGUCCAGACGGUGUCGACGCCGAUAUCAACCAAUAUGACUCAGCCGCUGGAGCCACCCGUGAUUUCUCCUCUCUUGGCUCUCAAACGUCCCACCAUCCUCUGCCUCCGCCGCGGCAGCAGCAUCACAAUCCCAACGUCGUUGGACAUUACAUCUCAGGCGAACCAUCUUCCGUCGGAUUUGAUUCCGGAGCUUCUUCUUCUUCUUUGUUCCGACACAGAAGCUCUCCGGCUGGAUUCUACGACCAACAUCUUCCCACUGAUCCCAACGGUUUUUCUCUAGGACGGCCGAACGGAGGAUACGGCGGCGGUGGAGGAGGAGGAGGAGAGAGAGGGCCGUCGAGGUUGAAGUCGGAGCUAAGAUUCUCCGGCGGGAGUAGUAGUCAUCAAGAACAUAAUUCCCUACCGCGAAUCUCGGAAGUUGAAGCGGCUGCGGCGGCUAUAAACGGUGUCGCAUCGAGUAGUAUGAAUUUUGGAAAUGAUCAUACUAACAACUGGGAUAACUCGUCUUCUCAUAUCAGUUUCACCAUUGAUCAACCCGGAAAAAGGUCCAAGAACUCCGACUUUUUCACCUUAGAAACUCAGUUUAGCAUGCCGCAAACAUCUCUGGAAAUGGCGAGAAUGGAGAACUUGAUGAAUAUCCCAGAGGACUCGGUGCCUUGUAGGGUUAGGGCCAAGCGCGGCUUUGCGACUCACCCGCGUAGCAUCGCUGAAAGGGAGAGAAGAACAAGAAUAAGCGGGAAGCUAAAGAAACUACAAGAACUGGUGCCCAAUAUGGAUAAACAAACGAGCUACGCAGACAUGUUGGAUUUGGCUGUUGAACAUAUCAAAGGUCUUCAGCACCAAGUAGAGUCACUGGAAAAGGGAAUGGAGAGAUGUACUUGUGGGGCAUGCAAGAAGCGAUGAUCAUGAAUGAUAUAUGUUUCCAAGUAUGAGUCACAAAUAAAGUAUAGAAGAAAAGGAAACAAAGGAACCAAUUCAAAAGACAAGAAAAGAGAAACAUAGCAAAGAAAAAAAAACAAAUAUUUUGGAGGUAUAAAAGAAAGAGUGAUGAUGAUGGAUUGGAGUUAAUGAAGGUGGUUUAAUUUGUCACUCUCUCAAAUUAAGACUUGACCUUAAUUGUUAACUUAAAACUCCAUCAAUCGAUUUUUUUCUUCUUCAUCUUCUUUAAAAUUGGUUAAUCUAAGCUUUAGAGCAAAACCCAUUUACUUGUUAUUCGAAAAAGAUGUGCCUUUGUGUAUAUAUAUAUAUAUAUAGCAACUCAAUCCUAAUUUUUGAUA